GAAAAAGGUCCUUCUCCUGGCGCUGUGAUGGAUCCUGUUCACCGUUCGGAAACACAGGACUCCGGUGGAGAUGGUGACCGAUUCGAUGUCACAUCCUGGGUGUCAGUGUGUCCCAGAGGCCUGUGGAAGGUGCAACGAAGGCGAACGCACAAGAGGGGUCAACAGACCACAUAUAACCCAGAAGAUGAUAGAUCAUGGUUAUCCAGUGCCUACCCGAGGCUGGGGUCACUGUGUCGGGUCAGAGUGUGCCUCAAAGCCAACCUCGAUGAAACCGGGUGUCCAGUAUCUGACGAGGGAGAUGAGAAGCUGUCAAUUGGAUCUGACCAGCCAAUCACAGAGCUCACAGAGGUGCCAGCCAGAGCCUUCCAGCGCUGUCAGGGCUCUGUGCUGCAGGUUCCCCUCGAUGAUUGGACAAUGCUGAGGCUGGGGGAGGGUCAGUGCGACAUCACCGAAGCGUGUGUAGAGGGGAUGAGAGCUGAAGAGCAAUGUGAGAUACUGCUGUCACCACUGGAAAAUGGACCAGAAGGCUCUGUGCCCCAGCCCACAGGAGAUAACCAGCCUUUAUGUGCUACAGUUGAACUGCACUCUUUCACGCCAGGCAAGGAGUCCUGGCAGAUGUCUCCUGGUGAAAAAUGGGAGUGGGUGAGGUUGCACAAGGAAAGGGGUGGAGAGAGAUUCAGGAAUGGGGAUGUAUGGGGAGCUUCAGACAGCUACAGUCGGGCCCUCAAACUCCUCAUCACUCUCCACUCUUGUAUAAGUGAGGUGGAGAGAAAUGGACCAGGACAGAAGAUGGAGGAGCAGAAAGACACAAACACCUGUGACAAACAGAAACUGGCUGCAGACUCUCUGGUUCCCUCCAUAAAAGCAGAGCUCCACUCCAACCUGUCUUUGUGCCAACUCAAACUGAACCAACCACAGCGGGCCAAGGCCAGUGCUGCCAAGGCCACACAGCUGGACCCCACCGGGGCAAAGGCCUGGUACCGGCUGGGCCAAGCCUAUCAAAUGGUAAAUGACCUGGAGGAGGCCAGGCGGGCCUUUGGGAGACUUUUAGAGCUACAGCCAGACUCUCCUGCUGCCCAGAAGGCACUUAAAGAUGUGGCAAGUAGAGAGAAAGAGAAAAACACACAGCUCGGACUGAGGCUCAGCAAAAUGUUCAGCUAAAGACUAUAAAAUCUAUAACCCAACAGUACAGUUCAAAUGUGGGUCAGCAGUUCUUUUCUUCUUUUUCUUCUUGUUUGGGGGUGAGGAGUAAAUGACUGAAAUGUAGCCCUCUGUCUUCUAUAUAAAUAAAAUAUAAAUAAAUUAGCAAACUUGUAUUGCAAUGCAAAUCUGAAUUGUUCUAGAUCUACUACGCCAUGUGGUGUGGACUUUUACAAGUCUUAAGAAAAAGCAAAGAUGAAAGGUAUAUUAUGUCAGAAAUCAUUGGUGCUAAUGAAUUAUAGUUACAAACACAA